CGCGUUAUUCAAGAUGGCAGCGCCCAUGAACUCGUUCGCAAACUACCGGUAACAGGGACUACUAAUACGGGUGAAGCUUCGCGAGUUCACUAGAUUAUUUCUAUUCCGGAUCGGUAGAGAAAAUGCUGCGAGCUUCGCUCCAACAGGUGAGGCGACGCUGGGACUGGCUGCUUUCCCCCACCCCCCACACCGCUGCCGUGGACGGAGCAAGCUAUUCGCCCCUCUCUUCCCAGGCUUCAUUUUCCUCCUGGGUUCUCUCUUUAGGCAGACAGAGUUCCCUCUUAGUGGGUGGGCAUUGCUUGCUUUCCGACAGCAAUUCAGUUCCUGUUAACAGCUGCAGGAAAGACAGUCAACCCACGAAGCGCUUCUAUUUAUUUCAUUUUUAUGCUGUGGAAAGCUUCACCUGUCGGAUUUCUGCCUGCUGCGUACAUGAAACAUCAGCAAAACGUGAUUAAAAGCAAGGCAAUCAUGAAUGUGAUUUUGUUUAUAUACCAAGGUCAGUUCGCAGGUGGAAAUACAAGUGACAGAUAUUUCCAGCCCUGAAACAGUUAAUAAUGCCUGCUAAAAGAGAGCUAUUUUCUCCAGCUUUCCAUAAGUGAAUCCUACAUUCUACCACCUCCAGUCCUAUGGCAGUGAUGGGGCAGGGGCACUCUAGCAAAAUUUCCCUGAGAAAUCUCUACAGAGAGCAUGAAUUUUCUCCCCAACAAAACUCAAUCAUUUGCAUUUCAGGCUUUCAAAAAUCUUAAUUUGACAAUAAAGAACUUUUAUUUACUGACUGUACAGUCUAUUAAGCAUCUUUCCCCUUUCUUUAAUUUUUUUUUUUUUAGCUGCUGGUAAAUAUACAUGUUCAUAAUUGUAUUUUUAAAAUACAAUUAUAUUUUUUAAAUUCCAAGCAUGUCAAAACAGUAACAGCACACAUUGGUUACCUAUUUACGAUCAGUGCAAUCUGAUGCAUGCUUAGAAGAAAUAAGGCCACACAGUGGGACACUUCUCAGUAAACAUGCAUAGGAUUGCACUGUUCAAGUAUACAUCAUUUCUUUCUUUCUUUAAUUAGUGAACUAACCAUCACUGUAUUGAUAGUGCACCAUCCUCAGGAAAUAUAGAGGUAACUAGUAACAACAUGGGUAAAACCUCAGCGCCUAGGACUUGCCGAUCGUAUGGUCGGUGGUUCGAAUCCCCGCGGCGGGGUGAGCUCCCGUCGUUCGGUCCCAGCUCCUGUCCACCUAGCAGUUCGAAAGCACUCUUAAGUGCAAGUAGAUAAAUAGGUACCGCUUUAUAGCGGGAAGGUAAACGGCGUUUCCGUGUGCUGCACUGGUGCAGGCUCGCCAGAGCAGCUUUGUCACACUGGCCACGUGACCCGGAAGUGUCUCCGGACAGCGCUGGCCCCCGGCCUCUUAAGCGAGAUGGGCGCGCAACCCCAGAGUCGGACACGACUGGCCCGUACGGGCAGGGGUACCUUUACCUUAGUAACAACAAGAUACCCCAUAUGCUAGCCUGUUUGGCUGCUAUGUGGGUUGCCAUGCAAGACCUUCUAAUCAACUGUAAUCACAAAACCAGAAUUUGCCUGUCUAUAACUGAAUCCCACCCAAAACUGCUGGCAAUGUGGAAGAACCCUAAUUGAGGAGAUUAUGCAUGACACCUCCAGGCUGGUAUAGGUGAUGAGCCUAAACUUGGCGACUUGCAAAGGAACAGAAAUCAUUUGGAAUCACUGCCAGAGGAAAUACAACCAGUGGUAGGUCUUUCCAUGGGCAUAGCUGGGGGUGCUGUGGUAGAUGUAGACCCACUAUUGGGCAGGGUGACUAACCCUUUGUUCAGGCAUCUGAUUUGCCCCUUGCAAGCAAUUGUUUUGGCCCCUCAAGAUCUGGGACCAAUUUUGGUGAUGGCAAAAAGAAAAUUAAAAAUAAAGUAGACUAACUGCUGGGGUGGCUAUAAUGUAAAAUAUGAAGUGAUUACCUAACAAAGCAUCUACAGAUAAUAGUAUUGAGAAAUCAUUUGUGACCUCAUGACUCACCUGUUUGGUAAACUAACUCCAAUAUUACUCCACAUUUAGUUCACAUCUUGAGGCCAUUUUAUACAAUUGCACAUUUUAAUAGUUAUAUUUCACAUAAUAUUCUCAUGAUGUUGCUUGUUCAAUCAAAGGUAGUGUAUGUACAGACAAAGUAGAGAAGUUGGUUUGAAAACCAAGUAGACAUAGUUCUUUAAAGCUUACUAUUGAAAUUCUGCUAAAAAUAGAAAAUUUUGAUGUUUCAGAUAUCUGUAGCACUAAAGGAAGGCCAAGUGAGUCCAACAGAGCUGUGUCAGAAAUGCCUCUCCUUAAUAAAAGCUACCAGAUUUCUUAAUGCUUAUAUCACAGUAGCAGAAGACACAGCAUUAAAACAGGCUGAGGCAUCGGAGAAGAGAUACAGGCAAGGUAAUUUCUGCUGAACAAUUGUUCUUCAUUAAAGUAUGUUGGCUGUGAUCCUAUCCUAACACUUUCUGCCCAGAAUAUUUGUUUACUCAUUGUAAAAAAGAAAAAAGAAAAGUACAGCUAACUUCACUGUAUUUCUGUGAUAUUAGAUAGGCCUUAUUCGCACAUUACAUUAAACUAUAGUUAAAAUAAGCUAUGGUUUAAUAUGAACAAGCACUCAGGGCUGCCCCACCCAUGAGGCAAAGUGAGGUGACCACCUCGGGUGGGUGGAUCCACGGGGGGGGGGGGCAGAUCCUGAUAUAGAUCUUUAUUUCCCCCUUGUUCCCGAUAUAGAUUUCCACUUACCCCUUCUUCCCGGGUGGAGACAGAGGUGCUCAGGUGCCAGAAUGUCUUGGGCUGGCCCUGCUUGCGCUGUUUCAGACCAGGUUUGGAUCUAGCAGCUCUUGGGCCAGCUCAAUCCCACCCACUAUCUGUCCUUGGAAUGCCCAUUAAAGCACAACUCAGGCCAGAGUCCUACUUAGACUUGUAGGCAAAACAAUAGCAGGCAUUUCAUUAAAAGUGCCCCAAGCAGAAAAAAUGAUGUUGGUAGGUCCUAUGACUCUGAAACCUAGUACAGCAUUUGGAUUUCUGCAUCCUCUGUUGUUAAAAAGAAAAAAAGUCUAGCCAUUAUGGUUAAAGAAAGUAGCUCAUAACUUAACUCAUUUGCAAAAUGCCUUUCUCGUUGUGACGGGAAGGUUGCUGAAAAUGUUGUAGAGCAAAUUAGAACUGUGGGAAAUUUCUAAUGAUAAACCAAAAAGUGAGAAUUAAUGCACCCAAUCCUACACUCUAUUGACCAUAGCAGCAGUUCAUUUUUCUAAAAACAAGACCUAUAAUGCAUGUUAUUUUGCUCUGGUAUUGGCACUAAUGCAUUGGCAUGUGAGGACAGCCCCACUGCUGCUUCUGUGCUCUGUGGCCAAGCUGCUCACAUUCCUAAGUGCUACACCAUAGCUGCAGCACUACUGACCUAGCACUAUCCACAGUUGUGCUAGGGGGAAAGGGGUAGCAAGAACAAAAGGUUUAGGAGAUUGAGAGACAACUGUGUGGUUUUUUUCACACCUUCUCCAAAUCUGCUGGCACAGCAGGUCUAGCAGUUCAGACAACAUGUCAAAAAUUAUUUAGAACAACCUCAAUCUUUAAAUAAGGCUGUGUGCAUGAUGCACUGAUUGAAAUAAUCUUCACACUGUCAUCCGUAAUAUAGGUCAGAUACUGGGGGAUUUGGAUGGAAUUCCUUUUGCAGUGAAAGACAACUUCAGCACAACUGGAAUCGAAACAACAUGUGCAUCCAAGAUGCUAAAAGGUAAAGUAGCAUUUUUAAGAUAAGCCAACAACUUUGAGCUCUGCUCCCCAAUCUGUUAAGGAUAUAGAUAGUACUGUGGUUCUGUCUUAAAUGGAUUCAUUCUUUUGUAGAUAACUAUGUUGAUGAGUAGAUGUAUUGGAUCAGAGGUUUUCAACCUUUUUGAGUCCACAGCUCCCUGGACCAACGACAUUCUUUCUGCGGCACCCCUGUGGGGCUCAGAAGCCCAGUUAUGUCACUCUUUGCCUGCAGAGCUGGCAGCCUCUCGCCCCUUUUCAAACACCCUUCCUUAUGGAGUGUUCCCUCAGGCUCCUCUCUUCCCCCCUGUCCUUGGGAGUCCUGCAGGCAGCAGCCGCCACUGCCCCUGGUCUCUGAGCCACCAGGUAUAAACCUCUUCAGAUACCAAUGUUGAACAGACACCAAAACAAAGACUCUAAUCUUCAAGUCCACAGGCACUGACUAGUUCCACUGAUUUCAUUGAUUCACUUGAAUAUUUUUAGAGCCUUCGUACCUCUCCGUCUUCACUUUGAAACUUGGGGUAGUCUCAGAAAGUUUGCAGUUUAGUAAAGAGGUAUGAUGAAUUGAAAACGGGCAGAAAAAUGCUGGCACAGUACAUGUCUUAUUACCUGCUGGUUAUCUUACUGGAUUACUGCCAAUAUGUAUGAAACCCUAUACUCUUCUACUAUUAGUAGAGCACAUCAUUGUAUAGGCUUUGAAAGGGGUACUAGAAUCCUGUUGUAUUAUUAGUUGGGCAGCUGAACUCAGUAUUUGUGGAACAAGUAAUAAAGAGGGGAGAUGUCAAGGUUGCCAAGACACACUGCAGUUUUGAGAAGAGAAUCUUCUCUCAGGCAGCUAUGAUAGCAAACAUCUAAUCUUAUUGAGGUAGUUUCCUGAAACAAGUUAAAAUUGCACCCCCAUAAUACAAAACAAUGAAAUACCUGUGGUAGUCAUAUUCUCAGUAGGAAUCCAUGUGAACGGGGACUAAUGGUAAUAUGACAUGCUCAUUAAAAAACAACAACAACUCACUAAUAUAAAACAAUUCAGCCAAUCCAGUCUUUGUUUUUCAGGUUAUAUACCCCCUUACAAUGCAACUGUAGUUCAAAAAUUGCUGGAUCAAGGAGCUGUGCUUCUUGGAAAAACAAACUUAGAUGAAUUUGCCAUGGGGUAAGCCAAGUUAAAUAUUUUUAUGCUGUUGGGUGCCUGAUGUGUUGCUUCACUUCUGUUUAACUACAGAUGCAAGACUGCCUAUCUUGAUGCCGGGCUGGGAACAUCAUGUGGUGCUAAAGCUCUGGCUGCUCAGUUUUCCUCCUGCUUCUGAGAUCUUAGCAGACAUUGGCCACAUGGUUUCAAGCCUAUCUUUGCAACCAUACAAAUUGGGUGGGUCACAUGUUGCAGGAAUGAAAUUUCUUACACACUGCAAAUACAUAGGAACAUGGAAAAUUGCCUAUACCAGGUCAGACCAUUGGUUCAUCUAACUCAAUAUUUUCACACCAGUCUUCCCUUAACAGGCACCCUCUAGAUUUUUUGGACUACAGCUCCCAUCAUUCCUGAUCAUUGGUCAUGCUGGCUGAGGCUGAUGGGAGAUGAUGUUCCAAAACAGCUCUCCAACUUUUCAAGCAGAGAUUUCCCAAUGGGGUGAAACUUUCCAGAGUCUAUAGGAAAGCUUCAGGUUGCUCACCCUUGACUGUGUGAACCAAUCAAAUUUAGGAGUGUCAACUGGUUUAUUUUUUGGUUCUGUUUCAGAGCAAAGGAUUUCAUAUGUACUUGGAAAGAGAGACAAAAAAGUUGUUAAAUCUGUAGCUGAAUUGAUAAGCUUCAGGGGGCAUUCAACUAAGUUUUACUCAGAGUAGAGCCAUUAAAAUAAUGGACCUAGCUUUUCGGGGGGGUACUGGGUUGUUGUUUUUAUUUUUAUUAUGUAUUUUGUGAUUUUAUAUCUUGAUUUUAUUCUGUGAACCACCUUGAGACCCCCAGGUAUAGAGCUGUAUAUAAAUUCAAUAAAUAAUAAUAAUGAUGUUCAUUAAUUUCAGUGAGUCUACUUUGAGUAAAACUUAGUAGACUACUCAUCGCAGUGUCUAUUUGUAAACAAAAGCCAUUAUUAUUUCCAUAGCACUUUUCCUGUGAAUUAAGCACUUGAUAGACCUUAUCUAAAUUUUCUGUGUCCUUAACCUUGACUAGUAAUUUAGCCUGAGAAGCCAGUGAAGGCAUAAUACAGGCAUAAGCAAACUCGGCCCUCCAGAUGUUUUGGGACUACAACUUCCAUCAUCCCUAACCGUUGGUCCUGUUAGCUAGGUAUGAUGGGAGUUGUAGUCCCAAAACUUCUGGAGGGCCGAAGUUGCCUAUGCCUGGCAUAAUACAAUAUGACCUUUACCUAGUUAAGGAAAUGGCCCAUUGUACUGCCUUAUUUUGUCUCCAAGAUCAUCCCAAUGUUCCUCUUUCUCUUGAAUACUACACAAAAUGUAUUCUUUCUCCAUGAUUUUCUCAUCUUAGCUCUGGAAGUACAGAUGGGGCAUUUGGACCGGUUAGAAACCCCUGGAGUUACUCACGACAGUACAGAGAAAAGUGUGUGCAGAAACCCAGUGCUCAAAAUGAAGACACCAGCUGGUUGAUAACAGGAGGAAGCUCUGGAGGCAGUGCUGCUGCCGUGUCGUCUUUCACAUGCUUCACGUAAGAGGCUUUUUUAGAACAGUUUAAUUAAAAGCAUCAUAAUGCAACUUCAUAAUAUUUGCUGAGUGCCAACAAGGGCCUAAGUGCUGUUCAUACCCUAGGGCCUAGGAGCAACAUGGUCCCUGAUUAGAUCCCUUACUGUCUAUUCUAUAUAGAUAAGGCAGGACUUGGUAGAGGAGUACUGAGGACAGUGUAAAGCCCCCUUUUAUGUCCAAAAGGUUGACUAAAGCCAUGUCAUUCUAAACAAAUUUCCAUCCUCUCCGUGUGGGCAUUUCGUAUUGCUUGGAAAGGAUUUAUUGUGGCAAUAAAGAAGGAAGGAUGUUGCCAAUAUCCUCUGAACCUCCUCUCUUUGACAAGCGUUGUGGGAUCUUUCCAGCAACUCAGGCACACAAAAAAAGGAGAAGGAAUUUCGAUUCAAUGAAAUCUACAGCAUCUCAUCCCUUACAAUAAAACACCUUUUCAUCCCAGGCUUUUGUGUUGACAUCACUGUGGGCUAAUAAUUCAGAUAGAGUGGGAUUUUCAGACUAACAUUCUUCAGAUCCUCGGUUUAUUCUACAUUUCAUAGUUGUGCUGAUACCAGUGCUUUAUGUUUCUUUCUGUUUUGUGAAGAAAUAUAGUUUUGAAAAAGUUUAAAACGCAAGCCAGCUUUGAAGUCCUAUUUGUCUUCAUGAGAAAAAUCUAAGUGCAUUUUUAACUCUCCAAUUUUCAUAGAAGCGUUUUGAAGGGACCAUGAGAUCAUCUAGUCCAUCCCCCUGCAAUGCAGGGAUCUUUCUCCCAAUGUGGGGCUCAAACCCACGACCCUGAGAUCAAGAGUCUCAUGCUCUACUGACUAAGCUAUCCCUUAGGGUGAAAGAAUAGUUUUUCAGAUUGCUUAUUUUUCGCUGAAUAGAGCCACUGUGUGUUUAUUCUAAAAGGUAGAGUGUUUAUUUGAAUAAUAAUAUUUUAAUAUUUAAUUCAGAAAUUUAUGCAACAAUAUACUUUUUAGUCAGGAAAACAUCUUUCUAAGGCUUGUUGCUAUAUAUCCAUGGUUCCCAACAUGGGACACAUGCCCCACGUUGGGGCAAUUGGAUUUUUAAGGGGGGCAAUUCGAGAAUGAGUUAUUAAUAGUGAUUAGGAGUUCACUUUUGAAUAAUAAGAAUUAUAUGUCAUGGGGGGGUUGGCAUCAGGAUUUUAGAGAUGCUUAGGUGGGGCAUGGCCAAAAAAAAGUUGGGAACCACUGCUAUAUAUCUAUAGUUCACUCUUCUCCCAAGGAAGUCAGCACCAUAAGACUCCCAAGUGAUCUCCCAUCAAGGUGCUUCUGAGAACUAAAUGCCCUUGAGCCAUAUAAUGUACCUUCAGAUGACUUUGGUCUGCUCCUGAUCUGGAAAUGGUCUCUGUUCUUAAACUGCACGAGAGAGGAAAGUCUGCUGAAUCUCCAUGAAGGAACACAAUGCGAAAACUGCACCCUUUGAAUUUCUUCCUGGCAAGCAUAUAUUCCAGAUAAAACAGAACCCUUUCAGACUAGGCACUUCACAGGCUGACAGCAGUAAUAGUAAUCUGUAUGUUGCUCUUAGACCAAGCAGUUUACGUAUUGUGGUCAAUUGCAUGUGCAUUUCUUCAUUGGAAAAGUGUUAGAAGUGAUUGGUUGGUCAUGAUGCCUUGUUUCUGUUAAAAACAAAGACAGCCUGGGGAAGACAUGCAAUGGCUUCCCGGAUUCCCAUAGGCAUCUGCUUGGCUCCUGUGAGAACAGGAUGGUAGACUGGAUGGGACUUUGGCCUGAUGCAGCCAGGCUCUUAUGUUCUUGCAGAGCAAAUUGGGAUGCGAUGCAGAGUUUGCUCCUGACUGCCAUUCUUCUUCUUCUUAUUUUCAACCAUAGGGCUCUGGGAUCUGAUACAGGAGGAUCCACCAGAAACCCAGCCUCUCAUUGUGGAGUGGUGGGCUUGAAGCCAACGUAUGGCCUGGUUUCCCGUCAUGGUCUUAUUCCGCUGGUGAACUCUAUGGAUGUGCCAGGCAUCUUUGCCAGAUGUGUGGACGAUGCAGCCACCGUGUUGGGUAUAAUGAUUACAACUGUCUCCCUAGGGAAUUCUCUCAAAACUAGUUUGGUUCAAGGAUUCUCUUUUCUUUCCUGUAGCUCAUGAGUCUUUCUGCUUUGUUUCAGGGGCACUCAGUGGCCAUGAUCCAAAAGAUUCAACCACAGUGCAGGACCCUGUCCACCCAUUUCAGCUGCCCAAUUUGACAGAUGUGAAGGAUCUUUGCAUAGGCAUACCAAAGGUAACUGGUAUGUAAAUAGUCACUUGGAGGGGGGAAAUGAACACCAAAAUUAAAUAUUAGUGAAUUCCUAUUGCCUAUGACUGACUUAGGUCAUUAAAACAUUUCUCUUUAACCAGGCCUUUGGCUGGUUAACAUUCUUUUUCCGCUUAAAUGUGUUUGUGGGAGCGGGGUUGGUUACUGGUUUGUUUUGGAUCUUGUUUUUGUUUUUGCAUCAUUUUUUUAUUGGAACUAAUCUAAUUAAAAAUAUAAAACAAAACCAAAAAGAGAAAAGGGGGGAAACAUAAUGUUUUCAUUGUGUAUUUUGUGUUCUCAUUUUUUAUUUUUAUGUUGUGAACCGCCCAGCAAUUUUCAGAUGAAAGGCAGUAUAAAAAUUUAAAUAAUAAUAAUAAGUCAAUCUGCAGAACACAAUCAGUGUUGAAGAACAAUGGUACUUAUUUGACAUUCAUUAAUCAGAAUGAAUAUUGCUUUAGGAAACGCUCUGUUUGGGCUUCCUCGGAACUGUCAGGAACAAGAAGUACUCACUGAAUGCCUGUCACACAUACACUUUGAAAGAAUCAUUAUAUUUAAUUAUUCAACCAAAGUCUUCAAGGUGUUCUUCUAAGUUGACAUGUGCACUCGCAUUUCGGGAUGCUUCAGGAAUUCGGAGGAUGUGAAUUCCAAAAGUGGACUCCCCUGAGCUGCCCCUCCAGGACUAGUGUAAAGACUGGAACAUCAGAAUCGACACCCAGUUUCAUGGGGCAGGCCGAGUGUUGAAAAAAUAGGCACAGACAACCAGGAACAGCUAGAAAGCAUGGCUCCUGUCACACUUGUUGUAAAUGGAUAUGCAAGUGCCCCUGAAAGCAAUGAUAGGAGUUGACAUGCCACCCCCUUCAGAAAGAUUAUAUUUUUUAAAAAGGCAGCUGCUCUUAUGGGGGCAGCCUCCCUUGGGAAUAGGGAGGGAAUGACACACCAUUGCAGCUCAUCACUCCCAAGGCAAUUAUGUAUCCACCUUUAAAAUAAUAUUAAUGUGAAGAGGGAUUUUUGCCUUCUGAAGUUAUUUACACAUGUUCCUCAUUUUGGGUUAUACACACGAUUCCCCACCCUUCCUUUUGUGGAUAUACUUUGAUUCCCCCCCCCCCAGUGAGAUGGACAAUGAUAUUGAAAACCCAUUGGUUUUUUUAGAGAACUAAAUUCAUAACAUCCAGACCAAAACUCAUAGUUGACCAUUCUGACUUACUGCAAAAGACUGCACUAAAAAUAAGAGAGAAACAACUAUGCACACUGUGAAAGAAAGAAGUGUUGAAUUACAAUGUGAUCUUUGCCAUAUCUGUUCAGAAAUAGGUUCUGCAAAAUUCAAAGAGGCUUCCUCUCAGGUAACGGGGGUUAAGACUGCAGCCUUAAUCACCAUGGUGCAGCCUGCUUGUUAACUCAUUGCCAGGAAAUAGUGAAAACUUACAGCUCCUUCUGUUGAAAAAGAGCUUGGCUAAAUCAAGGGGGAAAGCUAUAUACCAGCUGUUAAUUAGUAUUAAUGUUUUUCACAGUUAUUUAAAAUGGUUACAACACUAAGAAUUUUGUUCUGAUCUGCAGGAACAUUUUCACAAUAGCCAUUAAUGGAAACUGCUGGAACCAGGUCAUCCCUGAAUGCAGAACUGGGCCUUAUUUGCAAUCAUUGCCCACCAUUUAGUUUAAUAUGUCAUGUUGUUUCAAAAUCUACCUCUAUUAUUUUUAUUAGCCUAAAGUCCUCCAUCUGCAUUGGGGCUUAUGGAAAAUCCUGUCAGGUCUUGGUUCUCCUUUUGCCAAUGAGCUCCCCAUCAGUCAUUCUAUCCUAGCUCAUCAUUUUGGUUCCCUGGGCUUUAUGACUCAGCUCAUUCCAGCCAUUCCCAAUUACCUUAGAAAGACAGGCUGGCCUCUGAAGCAAGCUGCAGUUUGGCACUGAAUCUACAACUAAAACCAAACACAUGCCAUCCUAGCUGCCUGCCAAAGGAAGUAUUCAAUAAUAAUUUUUUUGAAAAGGACAAAUUUUCACUUGGGAGUUUAACAUGCUACAAACCACUUGAUAAUUCUGGCUCAGCUGAGAACUGAGAAGAUGCACAUAAAGUUGUUGGUGCAGAGGGUUAUGCUUUUCACCCUCUCCCUUCUCUAGGAAUACAACAUACCAGGAUUGUCUAGUCAAACUCUGGCCGUGUGGUCCAAGGCAGCCGACCUCUUUGAGAAAGCUGGUGCCAAAGUGAUUGAGGUCAGACUCCCACACACCUGUUACUCCAUUGUCUGCUACCAUGUGCUGUGUGCAGCAGAAGUAGCAUCGAACAUGGCCCGAUUUGAUGGCCUGGAGUACGGUAAGGCUUCUUUCCAACAAGUGUCAUGUAAAUUAGAUAAAUUCAUUGCCCUCAAGAGCUUAUGCCAAAAAAGGCCUUACUAACGAGAACAAUUAGGGUAUAAUAUUAUAAAUUAUUCCUGUUCUUUAAUGGGCAGCCUAUGAGCUGUGCAAGACCUGCUGUCAGAUCUGUUUCUAGUCCGCUUCUUCCAAUCAUUAUUGCUCCUGCACCUUUCACUGUUGCUUACUGUGGCUGCAAGCCUUCACAGAGCUGGCCUGCAUCUUUCUAUAUGAUCUACAUCAUUUGUAGAAUCAUUGCACAGUGCACAGAACUGGAACACUAGCAGCUACUACAAACAUCCAGUGUGCAAAUCAGGUGGGAGUUCUUAAUGUGGUGGAGAGGUGUUUUGUCUGUGUGUGAGAGAGAGAGAUGAGGGGGUGGGAAUAGUCCUCCUCACAGUAUGAUUGAGCAAUGCCGGUCCACUUUAUACAUUUUCCAUAACCCACUAAUGACUACACAUUGAUUUAAUAAAUCUAAACUAAAAAUAAGUUCAAUCCGAAUGCAUUUCGAAUGGGAAUGUGUUUCUGUGGUUAAAAUCACACCUUUCAAAAGCGGAGUGGUUUUUUCUGCAAAAACAUUACCUAGGACAAUCACGUAUGCUUUCCUCUGCUUUCCCCAAUGCCUUCCUCUCCUCUCUGUGUCCAUUCUGCCCAAACAGAGUAGCGAAACUUCCACCUUUGAAGGUAGGGGUUGGCUGACUCAUGGCCAGCAAGGUCAGGCAGCUGCCUAUAGCGCAUGUUCCACCCAACCAAGCAUCAACCGUAGUAUACCUCCUCCUGAAGUUUGAGAUACCAACAAAAAUAAUAAUUAAAAAGUGGACUGAUUACUGUGGAUGUGCGUGAAUGGUGUGCUACUUCUGGGAGAAAGGCAAGCACAGCAGCAGGAGGACUGAUACACAAACCCUGGAGCUGAUUGUAGGCUUGCUGAUUAUUUGGUUUGCGGAGUGGCAAAGUAUAUGAAAAUCACUAGUCUCUAGAUUUGGCAGGCAAACAAUGUCUCCACAGAACAAGGUUAGGGAAGGAAGCAACAGAUCAGUUCUCAGAGGCGACCUGCUUUUGGACCGAAUGCCCUGUUCCAGCGUAAACACAGGGAUAAUUUAUUUGUAACUGGGAAGCAGUUCAAAGAGUGAUGAUCUGAAAGGAAGUUGGUUGAGCCCUGCUAACCUGCCCCCAACAAGUUUCAGCCAUAGUAAGCUGCAAGGCAGACUGUCCUGCAUUAAAAACCAGAGCCAAGUACAGUAACUUGAAACAAAAAUUAUCUUUAAGGCAUUUGUCUGCUUACGUACACCUGCUUGUGAGUCUCAAUUCACAGCAUGUCCCUAGUUGAUUAAAUGCAGAUCCAUUAAUUAUGUUAGAGAAAUGUGCAACCUGCCACAAUAUGAACCAGCAUAUCUGAUGUGCUUUUUAAUUACAGAAAGAUUAUGUCUCUGCCAAAGCCUUUUUAGCACUGAGGAAAGUCUCUUAUUAGUUGCAGUGAGGUCUGCUGGUGGCCAAACUUUCUGUAUUAUUUCUGUGAGCAUGUUUUUAUUAUGACAGAAGUGUUGUCUCAGCUGUGUCCUUGGAAGAGUGCUCUGCAGGACAAAGUACAUGCAUUGUUCAGCUCAAUUGUUCUUCUGCACUCAGGGUCAACUGAUGAGGGAAUACAAUGUUAUUGAAAUACCUCUGCACUUCCUGGUCUAAGACAAUGGCUCCUGUUCGGUAUCACCCUCCCUGUACUUUCCAGUGUACUUUUUAAGUGCCAAGUCAGUUGAAAUAUUGUACUUCAACACAUUGACUCUCAAAUGCCUGUUCCCAGCAUUUUUAUCAGGAAAAGAAUAACAAAGCUGAACAAGUCCUGGCCCUUUUUCAAAACGUUUGUGUCAAAAUAUAUUGCGAAACAUAUAAGCCUGCUGAAAUCUGCAGCCACUUCAUUGUGUCCUUUCCAAAUCUUAGAUAAUAUAUUCUAAAUCAAUAUGAAUUAUUGGAUAUUAUCAGAUGAACCCCCUGACAGGGCGUAAGUACCCUUGACGUACUCUGUAUUAUUCUUGCUAGAUUGAAAAUGUGUCUGCCUUAGGGCUGGGUUGAAACAGAACUUCACAGUCCCAUUCACCAAUCUGAAAAGAGGCUUCCACUUUCAGAAGUUUUGAAGGAAGUUCCAAAGAGGGAGUAAACUGCUCACUCAGAUUAACAAUAGUAGGAGCUCUAAGGGUGAAGCUGCAGGAAAAGAAGCACCUGUAUGGUCCAGGUCAGGAAAGGAGAACCUUCCAAGUUGUAGAACUCCAGUUCCUAUCAGCCAAAGCUAGCAUGACUGCUGAGCAGGGAUGAUGGGAAUUGUAGUCCAGCAACAUCUGGCAGUCCUCAAGGUCCACAUUCCUGACUUAGGCGAUGGGCAAGCGGUGGCUGCAAUAGCAGCUCCACGCCCUUUGCUUUCCUGCCAUGUGCUCAAGCGCAGCCCCAUUGCACACGCCCUUCCAGAAUGAGGACAAUUUUAUAAAGGAAAGUUUGCUUUCAUUCCAAAUUGGCUUUAUUGGCCCUCAGAGGAUCUAAUCAGACAGUGCCAAAUCUAACUGGCUGUUUUGUGGCAUAAUGCUGUCGUAUUCGCAACACGAUCCCUGAUAUUCAGGGAACUUGUGAGGAAGAAAAGGUGCGGGGAGGAGUGAACAAAAACCUGGCACUAAAGCAGCUGCUCCGAGGGGCAGUGAGCAGCAAGAAAAUUGGUACAAACAAUGUAAAAUUCUGGAAGUUUUUUUUGGGGGGUGAGGGAGCAUUUAAGGCCUCCCAGUUAUCCCUCUUCAUGCUAAAAAUGUUUAACCAAGACCAUUCAACUUGUCCCAAGUCAAAUAGCUACUUGUGGUGGCUGCUGCUGCUGAAACCCAUGUGAUUUGUUUAGCUUCCUGGCCCAUGAAUAAACAGCACCUGACAUUUAGCUGUGUGCAACAGCAGCAAAUAAACCUCGGAUAUAUUUGUACAGCACAGUGAUUUCUACUGUUUAUUCAUGAGGUGACUUUGAAUGGUUUAAGAUGCAUUUCCAAAUCACUGAUGACUUUUAAUUUUAGGGCACCGCAGCAGCGCUGACAAGUCCACCGAAGCCUUGUAUGCAGCCACGCGCCGGGAAGGCUUUAAUGAUGUUGUAAGGGGAAGAAUUCUAUCAGGGAACUACUUCUUGCUAAAACAGUAAGUUCAGCACAUUUGAAAGCUCAAAUUUACAAAGCUAGCGUUUUAUUUGUGGUUCAGUUAAGGGUGAAAUUACUCAUGUGGACAGAUUUUUCCAUGCAGUUAAGAUAUUAUUAUUAUUGCUGAUGCUGCUAUAGCUGUAAUAUACAGCAAAACACUAUUUCCUAAAAUUAUGUGCAAUCUACUAAGCGUUUUCUUGUUUUCUAUUCUCUCCUAUGUACCCUCUUAACCAGGAGCUUAUUUUAAAUAAUCAGAAGUGAAAACCUCAACUUUUUGUGCACGUGUUAACUAUAAAGCCUUUUCCCCCUUGGUCUCGUGUUUUAUUUGGAUUAGAGAAACCUGGGUACAAAUGUCAGCAAAGGCGGGAACUAUCAUAGAUGACUCACCCUCUUGCAGGUCCAUUUGAAUGACUUCAUGGAAGCAACCCAGACAGUUGAGUUAAAUUCCCAAGAAAGCUAUUUUGUUCUUACUAUAAAACAGUAUCCUGGCCAACUGAGGUAAAAGAACUGACCAAAGAAGCAGAUGUGAACAGUGGGCGGCCAGAAGCCCAGAGGAGGAAACAGUGUCAAGUCUAAUACCUUCAGAUGGGUAAAUGUUCUAGAUGUUUAUUAAGAUCAUGGGGCAUUUGCAAAGCAGGCCUUAUAAGCACAAUUUGUGCUACCCUGUGCUAGUGUGAUGCACUGGCUAGAUUGGCAAGACCUGGUCAGCCAUGAUGGUCCCUGGAUGGCUUUGGGCUAGUGGCUGUCUGUCAGCUUAGCUUACUCCACAGGACAUUUACAAGAAUAAAGUGAGAUGACCCUAUGCACAUGUUCGGAGGAGAUUGGUGGUGACAAUAAAAUGUGCAAGCUCUGAGCAACCAGGUGGAAUUAAAGGCAGGUGUGAGUUAGGUGGAAGGAAUGACCAAAGAGAAAUCCCAAUUUGAGUUAAGAUGCCCAAUGUGUGCUUAGACAGAAGGAAGAAACUCAAAGCAAUAGCGAAAGCUAUUCAGAUUGGGGCCCAUGUCAGCUCAUCACACCAUACCAAUCUUGUUUUGAAAACCUUCAAGAAAAAAAGAAAUUACAACUUUUCUGGAUAGCCUGUUGCCAAACUGCUUUGCAGUAAAGAAGGGCAUUUUGCCAAAUAUUUUAACCCUAGUUCAACACUUCCAUCCUUUUGUGUCUUGCUCUUAGAGUGCACCACCUGCUAUUACUGUAUAAUAUCACAACACUUCGGCAACUGUUACUGCCAUACACGCUGGAGUUAAUGAUAGGUGCUUAAGAUUAUGCAGUUUAGGAUCGUGUGAGCUGCUGAUCUAAAUGAAUGAUGCAGUGUUCCUAACUAUGCAGGCAUACUUAGAAGCAAGUCCUGAUGGACUGAGAGUUAACAUGUCUCACAUGUCUUAAGAUUGUAAUUAUGCAACUCUUUAGCCCAUGAUAUCCGUCAUGGUGUUUCGUUGAGCCAGAAGCGGUUUAGUCAUGCUGGCCACAUGACCCGGAAAGCUGUCUGUGGACAAAUGCUGGCUCCUCGGCCUGAAAGCAAGAUGAGCGCCACAACCCCAUAGUCGCCUUUGACUGGACUUAAUUGUCCAGGGGUCCUUUACCUUUUAUAUGCCAGUAAAAUCGGAUGUACUCUCUUGCUUAAUAAACUGUGAUCAUCAUUUCCACCCUAGUCUCGUUGAAAUGCAAGAGGGCAGAAAAGCAUUCUAAAAGGCCUACUAUAAGACUAGGAUCAGCAACAGGAAUGGCUCUCUCUAGCUAUGUAAAGAUAGGUAUGUUGAGGCAGAUGGCUUUAAUCCAACCUUCUGAUAAUCCAGAAGGUGAGGGAGAAAAAAGCCACAAGCAGUAGCUGCAUAGCACAUUUGAAAAGACAGCUGAGAGACACCCAGUACUUGAAUUUGAGGUCCAGUAUUGCACUACCCCACGUUCACUAAACUGUUACUAUGCAGCUGUUUGUUUGGUUAAAUUACCCUUUUCUCAUUUGUCAAGAUUUUAAACAUUAGCAAUACAAUCGUACCUCAGAAGUCAAAUGGAAUCCGUUCCGGAAGUCCGUUCGACUUCCAAAAUGUUCGGAAACUAAGGCGUGGCUUCCGAUUGGCUGUAGGAAGUACCUGCAGCCAAUCGGAAGCUGCACCAGACAUUCAGGUUCCAAAGAACAUUCGCAAAUUGGAACACUCACUUCCGGGUUUGUGGCGUUUGGGAGCCAAAACAUUUGACUCGCAAGUUGUUCGUUAACCAAGGUACAGCUGUACUCUUCAUUUCUAAGAGUAGCUAAGCACUGAAGUCAGAUAGUCCUCUUAUCUGAACAACUGAGGCAAGUGUCACAAUGCUUUGACUUAAUUGGUUUUCUUAACUGUAGACUCAGGGAGAAAAGAUAACAUCUUGUUUGCAAUUUUUGCACACACAUCCAAAUGCUGCAAUUGGCUAAAAGACUCAAUGUCCUGUUGCUAGUUCUCACAAAAUGUGUUUUCCCCUCUAGGAACUAUGAGAAUUACUUCAUCAAAGCCCAGAAAGUGAGAAGACUCAUUGCCACUGAUUUUGCAAAAGUCUUCCAUUCUGGUGUUGAUAUUUUGCUCACUCCAACAACUAUGAGCCACACUGUACCAUAUGUGGAAUUCAUCAAAGAGGAUAACAGAACCCGCAGCACCCAGGAUGAUAUUUUUACUCAGGCUGCCAACAUGGCUGGUGAGAACAUCUGAGUGGUUCAAAUACUUAUUCUAAUCUUAGUUUUUGCUUUUUGAAUUUGCCAUUCUUAAAAGAAGAAGAAUAGCUCUAAGGCUACCUACAUAGGUGUAGAUUGUGCUGCUCUGAAAAAAAAGUCAGACUAUAUUGUUUGGGAAAAGGCAGGAGGACUACAGGGAAAAGACAAUGACUGAAUGACAGCAUUGUGUGGAUGCCCCAAUAAAAAAAAAUAGCAAACAAAGGGGAGGCAAUUCUACUCAUUGGAGGCUUUUAAGCAGAGGUUGGGUAGGUAUAUGCAAUGGGUGUUGAGAUUCCUGCAUUGCAGGGGGGUCAGACUAGAUGAGCCUUGGGGUCCCUUCCAGCUCUACAAUUCUAUGAUUCUACUGCACUCCUAAAGUGGAGGCGAAAAGGUUCAUUAAUCUUGCUGCCUGGAUAACUGCUCAAGAAGCCCAAUCCAUGUGGCCAAGUCUAUCUUGGAUGCUUUUGGAGGUAGUCUGGAAAAAAGAGCCUAUUAGAAAUGGAAGAUGUGUAUGCCUUGUCCUUAGUUACAGCAUGGGACAGUGAAAAUAUGCUUUCUCCUCUUAUAGCUGUGCAUUCUCCCCAUUGAGGGUGGAUGAGAAAGAAAUAUGUUUAGCAUAUUGCUGCUUGUUUAGUCGUUUAGUCAUGUCCGACUCUUCGUGACCCCAUGGACCAGAGCACGCCAGGCACUCCUGUCUUCCACUGCCUCUGGCAAUAUUGCUCCUAGGAGAAGCAAUAAUGCCAAAUUAAUGCCUUGUGUAUUGGUUUUUGUUUUACCAGACGGGGUGAGCUCCCUUUGCUCGGUCCCUGCUCCUGCCAACCUAGCAGUUCAAAAGCACGUCAAAGUGCAAGUAGAUAAAUAGGUACCGCUCCGGCAGGAAGGAAAAAGGCGUUUCCAUGCGCUGCUCUGGUUCACCAGAAGCGGCUUCGUCAUGCUGGCCACAUGACCCGGAAGCUGUACGCCGGCUCCCUUGGCCAAUAAAGCGAGAUGAGCGCCGCAACCCUAGAGUCGGUCAUGACUGGACCUAAUGAUCAGGGGUCCCUUUACCCUUUACUUAGUGUGUGAUUUGAUCAAAUGAUGUAAAUAAUUAUCUAUUUUGUCUUUCAGGGCUACCGGCUGUAAAUGUUCCUUCUGCACUUUCAGAGACAGGCUUACCAAUUGGGCUGCAGUUUAUUGGCCGCGCAUUCCACGAAGAACAGCUUCUCACAGUUGCCAAAUGGUUUGAAAAGCAAGUGCAGUUCCCUGUCUUAGAGCUACAAGGGAUGAUGAAUCAUAUUGACACUGUCUCUCACCAGGAGAAGUCAGCAUUUUUUUCAUGAUGGGUUCAACUAUGCAGUGGGGGAAAAGAUUGUGAAGAAGCUUUUAAUAUAGACCUGGUUUAUAAUCGGCUUCCAAUUGCCAUUUGAUUUAGCCCAAGCUCAGUUCUGGCCAAAAAUAAUGUGAUAAAAUUACUAGCAUGUUGAAAAAUGUGUUUCUUCUUCUAGGAAUCUUGAUCAAACUCAAGGCAAAACAAGUUAUUACAGUGUGAUAAAAUAGUGUUUGCUUCCCAUCUGAAAAUGAAUCGCCCUGAGUAGUACUGUCACAUAAGUGUAAGAACUGUGUAUACGAAGCCCAGCCAUUAAUAAGGAAAACUAGGUCUUCAUAAUUUCAUCUUACUGAAGAGGAGUUAACACCAAUUAUGAAGUUCAGCAAAUAAAGAUGGAACAAAGCAAUCUCUCUGUGCCACAAGUCUCAAACACUGUGGAUGCACAUCCCAUUGAUUUCUGUUAAAUUUAUUUCAAAGUAUAAAUUAUUAGGAUCAGGCUGAAAUUUUCUUACGAAGUAUCUGCAGCUAUCCAGUCUGAUAUAGGAAUCCUGAUACCUGAUAAGGAAUCCUGUUAAUUGUUUAUGGAAUCAGUUUUGUCUCUUCCAUGUGACUUAGUUUUAUGGCAGGGACGCAACUGCAGCAGAGACAGUUGCCCCUUUCUUUGAAACUGUUGUUGUAAACCAGCAAAACUCCUGGUAGGAAAGAGAACCACAUGCUCCCUAUUCAGUUCUGUGCAAGAACUUUCUAACCAGCUAGCACUGCAUCACUGCAUGCAAAGUUUAUGUCUUCCAGAUUGGCAUGAAAGUCAAAGAGUGGGCUCCCAAUUUUUUUGGGGGGGGGGAAUGGUUGAUGGGAAAGAUUAUUGCAGAAAGUAUGGAGGCUGCUGCUGUAUGUAGUAACUGCAGGUGAACCAACUCAAGACACAGUGUUUAUUGGGUUGGUUCAUGAAUAAAAGAUUAUGAUGAACCCAUUAUCGUAUCUACCUAUUGAGCUAGCAGUCUUCAUAAAGACAGCAUCCCAUUUUGUACUAGUUGUCAGUUCAACUCUGGAAACAGAUAAACUCAGAGGGCCUUUUCAGGUAUUUCAUUUUGUAAUGAAAAACCAAUUUUCAAGCACAGGGCAGGAAUAAUUUAUUAAUUGUCUAACAUGUAAAUAGGGCGUUCACCCACAAAAUAUACACAAGUGGUUGACUGGCAACUGGAUUACCAAUAUGAAAAGGAUAUGAUUUACACAUGCACGCUUUGUAAGAUAGCAUUGUAUUACAUUUUGUUCACAGUAGUUGCUUCCUAAGCACAACGUAUGAUGUGCAGCCUCCUAAAUGCUAUUGAUGCUUGUAUUAUUCCAAAAAGAGAUUUGGCUAAAUAUGAGCAGAUCAGCCCACCAUGAAAUUCACUAGUAUGGUGCUCUUGAGAAGAUGGGCUAAUCUGGUCAUAGCAUAAUACACUCAGCAGGUAAGGAAGCUGCUCUCAGAACUAUAUCUUCCAACUGACUUCCUAUACGUUAAUGUAGCCAUUUGUCCCUUCUGAAUCUGAUCAAUAUUAACACAAACCUUGUUAACACCCACACAAAGGCACUCUGAACAAUUUUUGAAACCUGGGAACUAUGGUUUCCAAAGUCAAGUUCAGAAAGUCUCCCAGUUUGUGUUGAGUGGGGUUGCAGUCAUUCAACUGUAAUUCCAUACCACCAUGGAGAAAAUAGGAGGAAUUGCUCUACAACAACAGAGGUUAAAUUGGGAGAGGAAGUAGUAUGGGCCACUUCCUUAACUCUAGGUAAAUGUCAACAUUGUGUUAUGCCUUUACUAGCCUCUCUGCCUAAAGUAUUUAACAAGGUUAAGAACACAGAAGUAUUAGAUAAGGACCAUCAAGUGCCUAAUUCACUGAAGAGUCUACUCUGAGUAGGGCUUAGUGAAUACCACCCUGUAAUUUUGUGAAGGUUCACUAACCAUGGGUCAGCUGUAGUUAAUCAUACCAUCACAGAAAUUAUUCCAUCCAUGCAACAUUCAGGAUGGCUUGCCAGAAUGUAAAUGCCACCCAAUAAAAAUGUAUUCAUAUGCAACGAAUACAACAAUAAAGGCACACAAAAUAUAACAAAUAAAAUGUGCAACAUUAGCAUCUGUCAGAAAGUCUGGACUUUAGGAAUAAAAUAUCCUAAGAUAUAAAAAAAAAA